CAUCCCACCCUUGCUGAUUGGACUUGGUCUUCUCCGCGGGUCCCGGUGCUAAAAUUCAGACCCGGGGUCCAGAGGCCUGGAGCUCCCACAGAACACGCUGGGGUAUCUGGGCCGAGAGCUGCAGGCCGAGUCCCUAGGGUCCCCCGACUCCUAGACGCCUUUCUAGGCCCAGGGAAGCCUGGCGACUGGGAGGAGCGGAGGAAGGGACUCCGGAUCUGAGGGCGCGCGACGCGUGAUCAGGCUGAACAAUGGCGUUUCAGAAGGCAGUGAAGGGGACUAUUCUUGUGGGCGGAGGAGCUCUGGCCACUGUUUUGGGACUCUCUCAGUUUUCUCAUUACAGAAGGAAGCAAGUGAGCUUGGCCUAUGUGGAAGCAGCAGAGUGCCUCACAGAGCCUGUGAACAGGGAGCCUCCUUCCAGAGAAGCGCAGCUCAUGACUUUGCGCAACACAUCCGAAUUUGAUGUCCUUGUCAUCGGAGGAGGAGCCACAGGAUGUGGCUGCGCACUAGAUGCCGUCACCAGAGGACUGAAAACAGCCCUUGUAGAGAGAGAUGACUUCUCAUCGGGGACUAGCAGCAGAAGCACUAAAUUGAUCCACGGUGGUGUGCGAUACCUCCAGAAGGCUAUCAUGAACUUGGAUGUUGAGCAGUAUAGGAUGGUGAAAGAAGCCCUUCAUGAACGUGCCAACUUACUAGAAAUCGCUCCACAUUUAUCAGCUCCGUUGCCUAUAAUGCUUCCACUUUACAAGUGGUGGCAGUUGCCUUAUUACUGGGUGGGAAUCAAGAUGUAUGAUCUGGUUGCAGGAAGUCAUUGCCUGAAGAGCAGUUACGUCCUCAGCAAAUCCAGAGCCCUCGAGCAUUUCCCCAUGCUCCAGAAGGACAAGCUGGUAGGAGCCAUUGUCUACUAUGAUGGACAACACAACGACGCACGGAUGAACCUCGCCAUCGCUCUCACCGCUGCCAGGUACGGGGCUGCCACGGCCAAUUACAUGGAGGUGGUGAGCUUGCUCAAGAAGACAGACCCUGAAACUGGGAAAGAACGCGUGAGCGGUGCCCGGUGCAAGGAUGUGCUCACAGGGGAGGAGUUUGACGUGAGAGCCAAAUGUGUUAUCAAUGCCACCGGCCCUUUCACAGACGCCGUGCGCAAAAUGGACGACAACAAUGUUGUUCCCAUCUGCCAGCCCAGUGCAGGGGUCCACAUUGUGAUGCCCGGGUACUACAGCCCCGAGAACAUGGGACUUCUUGAUCCUGCUACCAGUGAUGGCAGAGUUAUUUUCUUCUUGCCUUGGGAGAAGAUGACAAUUGCUGGCACCACUGAUACACCAACGGACAUCACACACCAUCCUAUUCCUUCAGAAGACGACAUUAACUUCAUCUUGAAUGAAGUGCGAAACUACCUUAGUUCCGAUGUUGAAGUGAGAAGAGGGGAUGUCCUAGCUGCAUGGAGUGGUAUCCGUCCCCUUGUUACCGAUCCCAAGUCUGCAGAUACUCAGUCCAUCUCUCGAAAUCACGUUGUGGAUGUCAGUGACAGUGGCCUCAUCACAAUAGCAGGUGGGAAGUGGACCACAUAUCGCUCCAUGGCAGAAGAUACUGUGAAUGCAGCUAUCAAGGUUCACAACUUGAAUGCAGGACCGAGUAGGACAGUUGGGCUCUUCCUCCAAGGAGGCAAAGAUUGGAGUCCCACGCUCUACAUCAGGCUUGUGCAGGACUAUGGGCUUGAGAGUGAGGUCGCACAACAUCUGGCCAAAACCUAUGGUGACAAGGCUUUCGAGGUGGCCAAAAUGGCAAGUGUGACUGGAAAACGGUGGCCCGUGGUUGGAGUGCGUCUUGUGUCAGAAUUUCCAUACAUCGAAGCAGAGGUGAAAUACGGGAUUAAGGAGUAUGCGUGUACCGCGGUUGACAUGAUUUCACGUCGCACCCGCUUGGCCUUUCUCAAUGUUCAGGCUGCAGAGGAAGCCCUGCCCAGGAUUGUUGAAUUAAUGGGCCGAGAAUUGAACUGGAGUGAAUUGAGGAAACAGGAAGAACUUGAAAUAGCCACGAAGUUUCUGUACUAUGAAAUGGGCUAUAAGUCUCGAACAGAACAGCUUACAGAUAGUACUGAAAUCAGCCUGCUGCCUUCAGACAUUGAUAGGUACAAGAAGAGAUUUCAUAAGUUUGAUGAAGAUGAAAAAGGCUUCAUUACCAUUGUUGAUGUUCAGCGUGUACUAGAGAGUAUCAAUGUCCAAAUGGACGAAAACACACUACAUGAAAUUCUCUGCGAAGUGGAUUUGAACAAAAAUGGACAGGUUGAGCUCCAUGAGUUUCUGCAGCUGAUGAGCGCAGUUCAGAAAGGAAGGGUGUCCGGAAGCCGACUCGCCAUCCUGAUGAAAACCGCCGAGGAGAACUUGGACCGCAGAGUUCCAAUCCCCGUGGAUCGAAGCUGUGGAGGAUUGUGAGUCUGACCAGUAAAUCCGCAACCAGCGAGCAUAGGAUGGCCAGCACUAUUGUACAACCAGAGAUGACUUAAACCACUCUAAAAUAGUGGCUAUUGUAGCUGCCUUUUUUUUUAAACAAACAAACAAUCAAGCAAGGGGAAAAAAAGCAAAGAAAGAAAAGGAAUAAGCAAACAAACAAAAAACACUGGAAAACAUUCCAAAACUUUAAAGAUGUUGGUGUGUUUGCCAACUUAUUUUGCCAAUACUUUAUUUGUAUUUGCCAUUCAGUCUAGCCUCUACAAAGUGCUUUUCUUAUUCUUUAGUGCACAUUGAUUUAAUGUUUUGUAUCCAUUUUGUAACCUGUCAGACUUGACACUCUGCCUGUCCAUUCAUUCAUUCAUUCAUUCAUUCAAAGUAGUUUUAGAGGCAGACUCCCUGUAGGUCGGAAAGAUACUAGAAAGAUUUCCUGAACACCCAGCUCGGGAGCUGGAGCCUGGAGAUAGCAUUUUUUUCUCUUUUUUCUAGAAAAUCACUUGACCUCUUGACAUUAUAAUAUUUUGGGAGACUUCUCAAUCCGGUCUUUCUACCCACCCCCUCCCAAUUAAUACUGCACACUUUUCUGUAUUGAGUAACUCUGGCUAGGUCUGGAGAGGGAAGACAAAGUUCAGAUCUGGUUGAGAUUUGGUUACAUUUCUAAAAGAGAAACUCCGAAAGCUUCCAGAUUUGCAGGCGUAAGAUAAAGACAGCGCUGACAUUUGCCGGGAGGUACCGUGAUAGCUGCUUCUCAGCAGUUCAUUUUCCCCCCAGGCACUGCUGGCUUUCUUUGACUAUUAUAGUUGCCAGAAAAAUCCUUGCUUUUUUUUUUUUUUACUUCAAAACCAGCAUUUGACUGGCAAGUUGGCUAUAAUGGGAUGAGACCAAAUCUUUCCAUUCCUCAUGAGAGUAAUGAUAGAACACAAUUUCCAAUCCCACAAGUCCCGAAGCUUGCAGCAUGUAGCAUUGUCAGGGUUCCUCUUGUCGGGGUGGCCAGUAGUGCUGGCAUUUGCAAAGAGAUAAUAAAAAAAAGAAUUGGGCAGACUUCCGUUAACUUUAAUUAUGAAAUUAAAAUAAGGCAUGCUACUUCAAUAUUGGAGGCCAGUCUGUUUGCCGAAGGCCUUUCUCUUUGUGUGCUCAAUGAAAAAAUUCUCUUUUUAACAAAAAAUAAAAUAAAAAUCAAAGACAUCAGACGUAUACAUACAUACAUAUACACACACACAAAUCAAACCUAAAAAAUCAGUGCCCAUUAAACUCAGCAAAUAGUUAACAGAAUAGAGAUGCCAGCUGGAAGAUGUUUUUGUUAUAUUCUGUUGGCAUUAUAACUAGUAAUCUUAAUACUUAUUAAUUGGCUUCCCUUUUCUGAAAUGACCAAUGAUUAGCUUCCUGUGCAUAGUAGGAAGUGUAGCCCCCCCACACCCUUCCCUCCCAGCAGUCUUUGUUGCACAGGCCGUGUCGUAGCUUUGUGAAUUGGUAUAUAAAACACUUUUGUGCUCCUAUCCUAGUUAUGCAAACAGUGUGUCUUUCUGCCUCCUUCAUUAUGGCUUAUGAGUCCACAUAUCAUAAUACAAGCUGGGAGGUUCUCAGCCCCCACCCACCCCACCCCCACCCCUGAACUAUGCAGAGACUGCCGGGAGAGACAGUUCAACUCAUUAUCAGAUGAAGUAUCGAUGCUCCCCCUUCUGUGUCAGGUUUCCCUGACACAGGACAAGUGAUGUCACAGCAGAUGUCACUGUGAAUUCUUUUCUUUCAAAGUGUCAAUUUUUUACACUGGUUUUUUAUUCUUUUUUUUUUUUUUUAAUAGAUGGAAGCAUUUGGCUUUGCAAUUUAGUGUGUUUUUCUAUCAUGACAAUAAAGUUCACUUUAUACCUCGUGACAGUGAAGUCGGCAGAAAAGCUGUCCUUAAGACAUCCCAGCUGAUAUAUCACAAUAUUCUACAUCACUACUCCCUUCCUCUCUCUCUCUGUCUCUCCCCCCUCUCUCUCUCUCUUUCUAGUUAGAUCAAGAUAACGGUGGCUUGUGUCAUCCUGAUUCUCUUACAGUAGGGACUGGGCUCAGAAUGUGACUUGCUUAGGCUGCUCUGUGCUGGGAAAGCAGCUCUUGUUUGUAUAUGCUUUGCUAUGAAUGUUCCCUUAUGGACAAAGGGAAGUGCCUGUGCUUCCUUUGAGCAUAUCUGCCUUGGCUUAGAGUCUGCUCCUUCUAAAACACGCUCCUUCACCCAUCCCACAGGCUCACGUGGGACAGGAACUACUUCUAUCACGUUCCUGUGAGUGAGGCACCCCUGCAUUUUUCUAUGAGUUGCCAACUAAACCUGUACAGGUUUUCAAAUUUUAAAUCCAAUUUAAGCAAAUAGGAAAGGACACAGGGGUAGAAGCCCCUUUAAAACUCAUUCAGAGAAUAAACCAUGUUUGAUUUGUCAUAUAAACCUGGUAUUUGUUGAUUUUGUUUGGAUGUGGGAGUGGGCAUGCGAGAUCAACCUUUAUCAUCAACUGAUUAAUUUCCUUUGACGGGAUUCAGGUGAAGGAAGCCCAUUUGUGCUGGAGAGCUGAGUAUGCCUUUAACUAGCCUCCGGCCCAGUUGUAAUAACAGCGAUAAUGCUGGAUUACUGGUUUAACUACGGUUGUCUGCCUCAAAGUCAUCUUGCUGCAUCUUCCUGCUCUCCAGUCUGUUCAUACCGAGUGUGACAGCAGAUCUCUGCUCUCAAGUGCAUGCUUGUAAUCUGCCUUAGGUUAUGCCUUGAUUUUGUCUAUUUCAAAACAUGUACAACAAAAAUGUUCCUUCUGAUUUUAACUCAGCACAAAUAGAGGUUGUCAUUGAUUUCUUUCCUCUUUCCCUCGAUUUUUUAUUUGUAAAGGUCUUUUUGCAUAUGAAUGUAAUCACACUGAUGACACUGAUGCUGUGAACUUGCACUGUGUUUUAUUUACUCUAGGGAGUAAAAAAAAUAAAAGAGCCCUACUAUGUAUAAGAAGACCAUCCGCUCUUAGCCAGUCCUGGUGCAGACGCACUUGCUGCAUGCUCUCUCUCCCUCUCAGUUUUAUGUAUUGUGUUGGGUUAUCGUUCUAGACUGGACUGUUAAAUGCCGUCUGUGAGGCUGGACUGUCACUUUUAUAACUGUCUUCGUAUUAUUUAUUACUUUUGAUAUACAGAAUGAGCUGCAUGCAUUUAUAGAGCAAUAAGAAGAUGUAUUUAAUGUGCCUUGUUUUUAACUGAGUAAGAGCUGAACGCAUGAAUCAAUAAAACUGAUUAAAGCCGUC